AGAAAUAAAGAAGUUAAGAGCAUUGGACUAUGUCGUUGAUAGUUAAAGCAUCUCUGUAUGGCAACUGGGGACGUCCAGAGCCACUUGAAACUAGAAGAUUCUCAAUUGAUCAAGAAGUUGCGACAAGUUUUACUUACUUGACGCAAAAGCUGGCCCAGGUUUUUUCUAACCUUGAAGCUGACAAAAUUAUAGUUACUUAUGCAGAUGCCGAUGGAGAUAAAGUAACUAUAAGCACAGAUGAUGAACUCACUGAAGCUUUGUCUCAAUUUGACGGAACAAUCUUUCGUAUUGCAAUAAAGAGAAAGAAUGAUCAACAAAAUGCUGGUCAAUGCAGGCCUCACCCAGGCUUUUGGAAUAGGAGGGGACCAGCUCCAAAUUUCUUUCAAGAUGUUGUCAAUUUUCUUCAACAACAACAACAACAGCAGCAGCAAAGUGCCCCACCUCCUGAUCCUGAGAAGAAAGACGAGGGAAAGGAAGACCCUCCAAAAGAGAACAGUAGCCCAUCGACUGAUGAGCCAACCAAGAAAGAUGGUGCAACAAACAAAAAAGGCCCUUACCAUCCUGGGGUGAUCUGCGAUGGCUGCAGCUUCUCUAUAUAUGGCAAACGUUUCAAAUGCUGCAUAUGUCCCGACUAUGAUCUUUGCGAGGAUUGUGAGGGAAAGGGACUUCAUACCGACCACGGCAUGUUCACAAUUGAUCGUCCAGCUUUCUGUGGAGGAGGAGCAGGAGGGUGGCCAUUUUUCCGUCCCAAUCCCAGUGGCUCUUGGGGUGGUCAAGGUCAAUUAGGACCUUUUGAUUUUAAGUUUUGGACCAAUCCUGGUCGCUUUGGUGGGGGACCAUUUGGAGGACCUUUUGGAUUUGGAUGCUGCCCAGGAGGCCCAUCAACUGGUGGAGCUAAUGGAUGCUGUUCUCCUAAAAACACUGAGCAGCAAAAGCCUACUGAAGAUAUGGAGACAUCAGCUACAAGUGCUGAGGACCAGCCUGGUCUUGAAAAAGUGGAAAAGAAAGAAGAAGAGGAGCAGUAAAUUUGAGCCCUGUCUUUUGUGAACACUUUGCAACUUUAACCUUGUAUAACAUUUAACGAUUGUGUUUCAUUUUAUCCAAAAUAAUUAUUUCAAAUUUA